GCGGAGGACCCGGGCGAGACCGCAGCCUAGCCUCGCGCGGGGCCCGCGAUCCGCCGCCGCGGCGCCUGCUCCCUUCGCACCCUCGCAGGGAAGGGGUCGGCCGCGGCUGGCGUCGGCGGGGCGCGGAGGAACCGCGGCGGCGGCUGCAUACCCAGCGGGCCGCGUCCCGGAGUCGUCGGGCAUGGAGCCGUGGAAACAGUGCGCGCAGUGGCUCAUUCACUGCAAGGUGCUGCCCGCCAACCACCGGGUGACCUGGGACUCGGCGCAGGUGUUCGACUUGGCGCAGACCCUCCGCGAUGGAGUCCUGCUCUGUCAGUUGCUCAACAACCUCCGGGCGCACUCCAUCAACCUGAAGGAGAUCAACCUGAGGCCGCAGAUGUCCCAGUUUCUCUGCCUGAAGAACAUAAGGACAUUCCUCACGGCCUGCUGCGAGACGUUUGGGAUGAGAAAGAGUGAACUCUUCGAGGCGUUUGACCUGUUUGAUGUUCGUGACUUUGGAAAGGUUAUAGAAACGUUAUCGCGACUUUCCCGCACACCUAUAGCAUUGGCCACAGGAAUCAGGCCCUUUCCAACAGAGGAAAGCGUUAAUAAUGAAGACAUCUACAAAGGCCUUCCGGAUUUAAUCGAUGAAACCCUUGUGGAAGAUGACGAAGGUCUCUAUGACUGUGUUUAUGGGGAAGACGAAGGCGGAGAAGUCUAUGAGGACUUAAUGAAAGCAGAGGAAGCGCAUCAGCCCAAAUGUCCAGAAAAUGACAUCCGAAGUUGCUGUCUAACAGAAAUUAAGCAGACAGAAGAAAAAUAUACAGAAACAUUGGAGUCAAUAGAAAAAUACUUCAUGGCACCACUAAAACGAUUUCUGACAGCAGCAGAAUUUGAUUCAGUAUUCAUCAACAUUCCUGAACUUGUAAAAGUUCAUCGGAACUUAAUGCAAGAGAUUAAUGAUUCCAUUGUAAAUAAAAAUGACCAGAACUUGUAUCAAGUUUUCAUUAACUACAAGGAAAGGUUGGUUAUUUACGGGCAGUACUGCAGUGGGGUGGAGUUAGCCAUCUCUAAUUUAGACAACAUUUCUAAGACAAAAGAAGAUGUGAAACUGAAAUUAGAGGAAUGUUCUAAAAGAGCAAAUAAUGGGAAAUUCACUCUUCGAGAUUUGCUUGUGGUUCCUAUGCAACGUGUUUUAAAGUAUCACCUUCUCCUCCAGGAACUGGUGAAGCAUACCACUGAUCCUAUGGAGAAGGCAAAUCUGAAACUGGCUCUCGACGCAAUGAAGGACUUGGCACAAUAUGUGAAUGAAGUGAAAAGAGAUAAUGAGACCCUUCGUGAAAUUAAGCAGUUUCAGCUAUCUAUAGAAAAUUUGAACCAACCAGUUUUGCUUUUUGGACGACCUCAGGGAGAUGGUGAAAUUCGAAUAACCACUCUAGACAAGCAUACAAAACAAGAAAGGCACAUCUUCUUAUUUGACUUGGCAGUGAUUGUGUGUAAGAGGAAAGGUGAUAACUAUGAAAUGAAGGAAAUAAUAGAUCUUCAGCAGUACAAAAUAGCCAACAAUCCUACAACCGAUAAAGAAAACAAAAAGUGGUCUUAUGGCUUCUACCUCAUCCAUACCCAAGGACAAAAUGGGUUAGAAUUUUAUUGCAAAACAAAAGACUUAAAGAAAAAGUGGCUGGAACAGUUUGAAAUGGCUUUAUCUAACAUAAGGCCAGACUAUGCAGACUCCAAUUUCCAUGAGUUCAAGAUGCACACCUUCAACCGGGUUACAUCCUGCAAAGUCUGCCAGAUGCUUCUAAGAGGAACAUUUUAUCAAGGUUACUUAUGUUUUAAAUGUGGCGCAAGAGCACACAAGGAAUGUUUGGGAAGAGCAGACAAUUGUGGCAGAGUUAAUUUUGCUGAACAAGGAACACUCAAACCAUCAGAGAAAAGGACCAAUGGACUCCGAAGAACCCCCAGACAGGUGGAUCCAGGUUUACCAAAGAUGCAGGUCAUUAGGAACUAUGUCGGAACCCCAGCCCCAGCUCUCCAGGAAGGACCUCCCUUACACAUCCAGGCAGGGGAUACAGUUGAACUUCUGAGAGGAGAUGCACACAGUCUGUUUUGGCAGGGUAGAAAUUUAGCAUCUGGAGAGGUUGGAUUUUUUCCAAGUGAUGCUGUCAAACCAUGCCCAUGUGUGCCCAAACCAGUAGAUUAUUCUUGCCAACCCUGGUAUGCUGGAGCAAUGGAAAGAUUGCAGGCAGAGACUGAACUUAUUAAUAGGGUAAAUAGUACUUACCUUGUGAGGCACAGGACCAAAGAGUCAGGAGAAUAUGCAAUUAGCAUUAAGCAUAAUAAUGAAGCAAAGCACAUCAAGAUUUUAACAAGAGAUGGCUUUUUUCACAUUGCAGAAAAUAGAAAAUUUAAAAGUUUAAUGGAACUUGUGGAGUACUACAAGCACCAUUCUCUUAAAGAAGGCUUUAGAACCCUGGAUACAACUCUACAGUUCCCGUACAAGGAGCCAGAACACUCUGCCGGGCAGAGGGGUAACAGGGCAGGCCACAGCUUGCUAAGUCCGAGAGUUCUGGGCAUUGCCAUCGCGCGGUAUGACUUCUGUGCAAGAGACAUGCGGGAAUUGUCCUUGUUGAAAGGAGAUGUGGUGAAGAUUUACACGAAGAUGAGCGCCAAUGGCUGGUGGAGAGGGGAAGUAAAUGGCAGGGUGGGCUGGUUUCCAUCCACGUAUGUGGAAGAGGAUGAGUAAAUUCCAAUCCAGCGUUUCACCCUGCACCAGACAUUUCAGAGAAGAGAUAAACAGAAGGCUGCACAGCAUUAUGAGUUAAUUGAAGUGGUUAAAAAGCUGCAUUUCUGGCUAUUCAACAUCCUCCCUCGUAUUUCCUUCUAAGUCUUAAUGCUGGGAUUUCUAAAGAUGCUGGUACUGACAGAUUAAUGGCUUGCCUAAAGCUGUGCAAGAAGCAGCCUGCCAGUCUGUCAUUGUCGGGGACCAGCGCAAAGCCGAAAGCUUUUCUUCCCAGAAGAGCCCUACAAAUGUAUUGGUUCAUGUUUCUUUUUACCUCAUCCAGUCAGACCCCAUGAAUGCCAGCCAUUAGUAAACGUUUCACACGUAUUUAUUUUCUUCUCACGUGCCAUUCACCAGAAUUUUUGAUGGUACAAAGGAGCAGAAGUUUAAUUUUGCUUUCCCAGCAUGAAGGAAAAUUGGAAUUCCACCACUUGGGCGGCUUACUGGAAAGGUCCAGCAUUACUUGUCUUAAAUUGCCUCACAAGGUGACUCAUUGCCUGGCAGGCACUUUUUACCCCCAGAUGUAACUCAUGAUAAAAUAUAAGAGGCAAAUGCUCAGGUUUGCCUCAAGAGUGCUAUAUCCCAGAGGGGUUUUAAUUAUUCAUUUGAUGUCCUGCUGUAUUUGCAAAACUUCCAAAAGAAAAACAAAAACCAAGACAUAAAAGAGAGUGUCUUCAUAUUAAGUCUUCACAACCUUCGUGAUUUUGCAGAGUUGUGGAAAUGGAGUACCUCAUUUUAUGAAAUGAUCUUGGCUGGGCAUAUGAUAGCUAGUUGCAAGUGAUCUUAGUAAGGUGGUGGUAUUUACAGAAACAGAUCAAGGGCUGUAAUUUAUAACAAGUCAUUUUAUAGAAGCAACAUCUGUUAACUCAUGCCUUUUCCUACCCCUAAAAAAGACUUUGUACCAAUUUGCUGAUUCUCACAUUUUCCUGCAGUACUUUCAGUAGUGCCAACAACUUUGUGAGGAUGUUGGAAGGAAAGCACAGCUGGGUCCUGUAUGCAUUUCUGAGGCGGGUGGGUCUUUAAGGCUUUUCUGCUCUUAUUUCCUGUGGGCUCCCAGCUCUCACCAGGGUCUUCCCAUCUCCAGGCCCAUUCUGGCUGGGUAUUAACUGGUGGAAGACCAGUUUUGCAGUGCUGUUUAUUUGACCAAGCCUUCACUUUUUAUGUGAGGAGCCUAAAUAUGUUCUUCCUGGGAUACACAGAGUCCCCAUUCAAGAUAGUCAAGUUAAGACACUAACUUGGCCCUUUCCUGAUGAAAUAUUUUCUCCUUAGCAGAAAUCGUGUUCUGACAAGAUUCAGAGAAUGUUUUGUAUUUAAAGAAAACAAAACAGUAGAAGCAUUAACUUAAUAGAGUCAAACUAGGAACAUUGUGUUCUGAAAUUUUGGAUCAUCUCUGAACUGAGGUGGGCGUGGCCUGACCGCUCCCCAGCCCACUUGAGUGCCAGAACUUGAUGUUCAGUGGACACAUCCCCCUCUAGAGACCCCUGUGAGCUAGGAUGUCUUUUAAAAAGAUAGAUUCAGGACCUUUACCUCAGAAUUAUGUAAACUGUGAUUGUGUCUUAGAAAAAUUAUUUGUUAAAGCCAGUUAAGCUUUUGUAUAUGUAUAAAUGAUCGUGAAAAUGAAUUUUAUAAAAUGUUCUGUACAGUGAAGUUAUACCUUCAAGGCAUCCCCUUGGAGUGGAUUCUUCCCUGUAAAGUUGUAUCUACUAUGCUGUGUCUCAGGAUGUUUUGUCUUUUACUGUCAACCAGAUGCUGUUUUGGAGAGAGAAGCAUCACACAAAUUGAAACACUCCUGUGUACAGCAUUGCAGCUCGUAUUGUUUCUUUUAUUGUUAUUUUAGCCAACAGGCUCCCUCCCUUAAAAAUGGUGUUUAGUCUUCCUGUUGCAUUUCAUGGACCUGAGGGUUUCCUCACAGAGGAUAUUAGAGCCCCUUUUCAUGACAUUACUGAUUACAUCUUUGUCUAUGUUGAAUACUUUGUACUGGAAACUUAAAUGCUGCAGACUUGUGUAGAUUUCUAAUACCAAAGACAGAAGUAAAUGUUUUUCCAUAUACUUUGUCUUGCCUGUCUGAAUGCAGCCCUUAUGUAAUUUGGUGAAUUAGAGUGGUAUUUCACUUUGUAAUAUUUUGUAAAUAUGUCAAUACAAUAAAUAGUUACUACUUGCAUUAAAUUGAUUUCUUGAGA